CGAAACCAGUUUUGAACACUGCGAUCUGGGAUGGUUGACAAAGUCUUGCAAUAGCCAGAGGUCGAUGGAUGUUGGAAUCAUCUGUGACUUUAGUAAAGCAAGUUUGCAUUUAACAGGACAUCGGGACCAAUACUAUAGCGUGGGGCGUGUGGAAGUUGAUUUUGGAAGUGGACAACGAAGUACACUCUGUGUCCCGGACAAUAAGACCGCCAGCGUCAUCUGCAAAACUCUUCGGCUUCCGUCAACUUCAGCAAGUCUUGUACACCGAUCAUGGCUUGGGAUGAGAAAGAGCCCUAUAUUUGAUUCCUCAUUUGUCUGUGAAGGCAAUGAGAGCAGCAUUUUUGAUUGUGUCAUGAUUGUCGCUAAACCUGAAUGUUACAACAAUGAUGUCGGCAUUCUUUGUACAUCUCGCUCUUCUCGGGAUGUUUUCAUCAUCGCUCUAGAAGGAUAUCCGUUUGUUGAGGGAACAAAAAACGUUCUAAAGUGUGUAACACUAUCGAGCUUUCAAGACAACAUCCAGUGGACGGCGACAGCAGGUGGUCGUCAUGUUGGUGAUCUUCUUUUCUUUGACAAUAUAACCAGAGAGCACAAUGGACGUCUAGCGAUAUGUGAAGUUUCACAUUCAUAUUUUAUUGACACACAUAAGUCAUCCAGUGCUACUGUUCUUUACUUCGAGCUUAAGGUUUACUUUCAACCGUUUAUAUUUUAAUAGCGCAGACUGAUGCUGCUGGGAAACGACUGGAGGUUUACUCGCACUACUCUGAAAUAUUUCACGGUCAGAAUGUUACCUUUUGGUGUGAAGCAAAUAGCAACCCUCCCCCCGCGUCCAUCACGUGGUCAGGAAGAGUGAACAGCACGACUGGGGAGUUACGGAUCCUAGCGGCAGACCACGUGACACACAGCGGUGUGUACACCUGCACCGUCGUCACUCGCACCGUUGAUGAUGACGACAGACUUCCGCUGACCUCAUCUUACCAGCUCACUCUCCGAUUUCCAGGUUGAAUUAUUUUCCUUUAUUGUUAAACAUUAUGCAAGACUUUAAAGAAUUAUUUUUUCUUUGUUUUAUAAAAGAUUUAAACAAUGUAUAUAUCAUGCUACUCUUUACGUCCAGUUCCAUGAAGUUAUGAAUAAUAACACACACUUGAUGACACCACAAAACAUAAUCUCACCUGACAAGCGUCUUCCAAUCCUAAGCAGACCAGAUUUCGUUUUUCUACAAAGCUGCUCGUUCGUGCGAUAACCGACAUUAUUAAAAAUAUUUUGAUUGCUGCUUCUGUUUCUGCUAGUUAAUAUUGUGCGAGCACGGCAUGAGAUUUGACCACAUACAGGUAAGCUAUUAUAAUAACAUUUGUACCAAAAAAAAAAAAAAACUUAGGUGAGCGACUUUACCACAUUCCUCUAUUUUGAUUAAUAAUACCAAAUGAAGUAAUUAGUUAUUAAUAGAACUCUGUGUUUGUUCAUAAUAUCGUUUACCGGGGUUGUAUAAUUAAAGACUUGCUGA